AUGGCGUUGGCGUCGUCGAGAUCAAGAUCGGACACGUACUCGUGUCGCAAAUCGCAGCCGUUGUUUUCCUCGUCGUCCUCGGGCUUCGCUUCGUCCACCUCCUCCAGCUUCUCCUCCGCCACGUCGAAGUUCUUCAAUCGCUCUGCUUCCCCCACGCGCCUCUCCGUUUACGACCGCUCGCCGUCCCCGUCGUCGUCGUCUUUGCGGUUCGCGAACCGCUCGGGUUCUCCGGGCCGUUCUAUUUCGGUGCAGAACCACUUUAACCACAGCAACAAGAAUAACUACCAGAACGGCACUACCAGCAAGAAGACGUGCCUUUGUUCCCCUACGACGCACCCGGGCUCGUUCCGAUGCGCCCUACACAAGAACUCGCGACGUGGCGGAGCGGCUCACCACUCGAAUAGUAACGGCCAAACGUCGUCUUAUCACUCGAGUAUCAGACUGAACUACAGAAGGUCGGCAAUGAAAAACUCGCUGGUGAGAAUCGGAGGGGUUGAAGGGGACUUGGUGAAGAGGGCUUUGUCGGCUCUGAUCAGGCCUUCUUCGCACAGCCAGCGGCGCCGAGUUGAUUUUCAGCCCAAGCCAAGCCGACUCUCCGUAAUGUCCAAAGCUUCCGACGACGACGACGACGUUUGA